AUGGCUGGUUUCCAUCACCCCGGAGAUCCUUACUUCCCUAACCAGGGAAAUAACGAAUGGUUAGACGAGGAGCCUGAGGAAGACCCCGAAGAGGAAUCUAACGGGGAACCGGAGGAAGAAGUCGAGGGUGAGCCUGCCGAACCAGAAGAGGAACAGGACAAAUAUGUGAUGGUUGAUCUCGAUUAUGAUGAGUUAGACCAGGAGCCAGAUGAAGAAAAGUCUGUAGAAGAGGCGUGUAGUGAACCUCACCAGUUGGAAGCCCCGUCAAAUUUCCGCAUGUUUCAAGGGGUGGAUACAGACUACUUACGCGCCCUCGAGGAGACAAUCAUCAGCCUGAAGCUUCAACUCAUCAUGACCAAGGCGAGGGUUGUACGAGCCAAGCGAAAAGUAGAGGCAAUCACCCAAGAGGCUGAUGAACUGGCUGAACUUCUGGUGCGUCACCUCGAUGAUUGA